AUGACGGAUGAAGCAAUUACUAAUUGGGGCAAAAUCGGAAACAAAAUACAACGGCUAAAAGGACACAACAAUUGGGAUUCUGAUGGAUUAAUUGACUUUGGGGAGAUUGAUGCACUUGCUGUUGGAGGGGAAUUUGGGAUUCUUGAAGGAAGAUCAUUUGCUCUGAUUCAUCCCAUUGUUAUGAGUGGCUUGUUCUUUUACACGUUGUAUGCUGGUUAUCUUGGUUGGCAAUGGAGGAGAGUACGCACCAUACAGGACGAGAUUAAUGAGCUCAAGAAGCAAAUGAAACCAGUUGCAGUCAUCCCAGAGGGCACCCCACCUGCUGAACUACCUAAGCCCUCUCCUGUUGAAGCCAAGAUUCUGCAACUCACCGAGGAAAGAAAGGAAUUGAUAAAAGGGUCAUAUAGGGAUAAACACUUCAAUGCUGGCUCCAUAUUGCUGGGAUUUGGGGUUUUUGAAUCCAUAUUUGGAGGGAUCAAUACAUGGUUCAGGACAGGAAAGCUAUUUCCAGGACCCCAUUUAUUUGCAGGGGCAGAUUAG